CCGCCACUACCACCACCACCACCACCACUACCGCCGCCGCCACCAAGUACCAACAAGGAUUAAAGAGUCGCACUCGCUCUCGUAGCGUCGCACUUCGCCAUUCGGUAUUCACCGAAUUUUGUUUUUUUUUUCUUGUAUGUCCGCGUCCGCAAUCAAGUAUAAACCGACGACGACGACGUCGAAUCCGCGUAUUAUAUUAUAUUAUUUUGUCAACGCGCCGUCUUCACUCUUCCGUCUUAUUUGUCUAUGCUUACGAUUUUGGACUCGUCUCACCCGGCUCCAUCGCCUUAUAGGUAUAGUUUUUCGAAACAAUUUUUUUCUACAUCGGCUACUAAGAUUUUGGUCGUCUCGCACACGCACCUAUUUCGGAGCGAUUAGCGUUCAGCGGUCGUCAUGUCGCUGGCGGAGCUGUGAAAAUCCGUAAUAUUCGUUGGGUACUUAUCGCAGCCGUAAUCACCAUGUAUCGGUGCGCCGCCUUCCAACGGAGGCUCCUGUUAUUCGGCUGCUACCUUACACUGUUGCUGUUCUUAAUCGUACCCGUCCGAAGUGAGUGGUAAUCAGUAAAUGACAAACGUGGGACUUAGAGUCCCAAGAGGUAUCUUUAUUCCCUUCCUAACCCAAUGGUUUUUAUCAGCACUUAUCUUAACAGUUUUUUUUGUUAUAUACUUUGAUACCGUAUUUAUUUGAGUGUUUACCAUUGUACCUAUUGUCUGCCCCUUCACUACCUACUGUUACGACUGUACCAAUGUCUGACCGUUUAGCUAGUUCAUAACAAUUUGUCCAAUUAUUAAAACUUUCGUUCAGUCUUUUCAGUUGAAGUCUAGCUCUUGGGGUAAAAAAAAAAAAAAAAACACCAUAUUUUUCCUUAUUCUUAUCUUGCCAACGUUCUGUUGUCAGAAUUUCUAUUUUCUACAUUUUUUCGAAAAUAUGCGAGACUAAGAUUUUGUCGAAAAGGAUCAAACAUUGAAAAAUCAAAAUUUUGACUGACAUUGUUUUAGGUCACUAUAUACGAAUAAGAAACCACUAUAGCGUUUUAUGAAUUUUUCAGUUUUGAUGCCAAAAAUUAGAUAAUUGCAGUGAAUGGUCGACAUUUGUUUAAGUCUACAUAUUCAGCUCUAAAUAGUAGGUAGAUAGGUAGGUAUAGCACAGUAGGAGUUGGGAUUGUGGGUCGUUUGUUUCUAAUAUUUUUUGAUGACAUAUCUAGUGACAAUACAACCAAUUGAACUCUCUUUAAACUUUCAUAACAUUGUAGUAUUGUACCUACCUAUUUAGGUAAAGAUAACAUUAUACAUAUUAUUGGAUACUUAGGUAGGAUCUAUAAAAAUAAUAUUACAAAUAUUAUUUAAUAAUGGGUAAUGAAUUAUUAAGUACUAUUUGGUAUUAGGUAUUGGUACUGGUUUCAUAUUGCAUUACUAAUGUUUUACUAAUGAAAAAUACAUAAGUAACAGAUAUUUAUAUUUUGACUUAUUUGAAUUAUAGGUAGUGUACGAUUUAUUAUCGAACCUAGUGAUUUCAUUACGACUGCCGGCAAAACUAUACGUUUAGAUUGUGAAGCAAAAUUUGAUAGUGUUGUCACAUUACCACAAAUCAGAUGGAGGUUUCCUGAUGGACAAUAUUUUGAUUUCAUUGGAGAUACAAGAAGGUAUCUAAAUGCAGCUAGUUAAUAUAGAAUUAGAUUAAUCUAGUAUUUAUUUUCUCUAUGAUUUAUGAUCUAAAUUGAGUAGGUAUUUAUUUCUUUAGAAAAUAAAUUAGAAUGGAUUUUAAUUAAAAUUGAUAAUUUCUUAACACAAAUAAAAUAAUUUUAUACUAAUUUUGUUGUAUUAAAAUAUAGUUAGCUCUACUAUUUAAACAUUUUAUUUUAUUUUACACAUAUUUGAUUAUUUUUAACAAAUUUUUAUCAAAAACUUUGUUCAGAUUUCAACUGCAGCAUUUUUUUUGAAAGAAAAUCUGACUGGGGUAGUACUUUAAGGAUGCCAUUUUUCGAUUUUCUCAGGGGUUUCAUAAUAAAUAUUGAAAAAAAAGGAAAGUUUAUGAAAAGUAUUAUUUCUAAUUAUAAAUAGGUGUACAGUCUUUCAAAACAUGUAUAACCAAACUCCUCUCAGAAUUGUGUUCUGUUAGCAAUGAUUAUUUAUUGUGUACAGAUAUACAUUCUUCUCUACCUUCCCAACUUCUCACUGAUAACAGUGACUUACCCAUCAUGCGAAAUAUGUCCAUUUUUUUUUUUAUAUUUGUUGUCUGUUUACUUUUUUAGUCCUGCUUACAGUUCAAAUAUGAUUGAAAAACUGAGCCUUAUUUUAAGAAUAUUAUUUAUAUUUUAUGUAUUAAAAAAUAUUAUUUCAGAUCUAUUUUACAAAAUGGUUCUUUAUUAAUUAAAAACAUAUUCAUUGAUGAUGAAAAAGAUAAUUCUGAUGGUUUUGAAGCAUAUCAGUGUGUGGCGUUUGUUGAUAAUUUCGGCUCAGCUGUAAGCCGUAUAGCAACUAUAACUCUUGCACGUAUGUACAUUUUAUGACUUUUUAGAUUAUCUGUUUAUUAUUAUUAAUUUGUUUAACAGGUUUAUCACCGUUUGAAAAACAACCAACCAAUCUUCGACUGUUUCCUGGACAAACUGCACAUUUCUCUUGUGUAAUAAAUUCACAACCACCGCCUAAAAUUGUUUGGCUCAAAGACCAUACACCAUUAAUAAUAGAUGCUCGUAUGACAAUAUUUCCAUCAGGUAAGAUCAUUCCCAUAAUACGUAAGAAUAAUACUGUAUAACAUAAUUUUGUAAUUAAACAUAGAAUAAUUAUAAUUCAUGGAAUUUAUAUUGAUUAAAUACAGUAAAUAAAAAUAAAAAUAAUUAAAAAUGUAUAUAUAAAAAUAUAAAAUAAAUAAAUAAAUAAAUGUGUCUGGAGUAUUGAUGAAGUAUAUUAUAUGGUUUGGAAUUAAAAAUUCAUCACCAGGUAUAUACCUGGUAUAUCAUAGUCAAAAUUUAAAAUGUUGUCAUAUAAUACACUUAUUAUAAUACUCCAGACAUUGAUUAAUUAAUUAUUUUUUUAUUUUUAUAUAUACAUUUUUUAAUCAUAUAUUUAUUUAUGAGUAUUAACCAUUUUAAUAAUUUUGUUUUUACUUUAUUAUUUUAUUAUUUAUAUUAAUUAUAAAUUGAUAGAUUAUGCAUCCCAAAUUUAGUAAUCCAACAUUUAUUAAAAUUGACUACAAUGUUUACAAAGAUACUUAAAAUAUAUUUAUAGUCACUUAUUUCUUUGCAUUGUAUAAUUUUCACUUUUUGAUUUAAAUCAAACAAUUUUCAUUGUAGAGGAGGUGACACUGGAAAGAAAAAAUAAUGCAUUCUGAAUAAACAUAAUGGAAAAACGAUUUCUGGUAAAAAUAGGAUAAUAGAAUAUAAUAUUUAUCUAUAUGGUCAACAGUUCAGCAUGUCACAUGUUAUGAAAAUCUUAUUCUCAGUUUCUCUCCUAUUACUCUAGCAUAAGUUGGUUAUUUUUAAGUUUUUUUUUAUUAAAUACAUUUGUAAAAAAUUCACACACUGAUAGGUGUUGUUUUUAAGUUAAUCUACCUAAAGUUUUUCUUUAAGGGCAGUUUUUAUUUCUUCCAGUUAAGUACACAAGUACAGGGUCAGUUAUUUUUAUGUUCACUCUGGUGUGUGUGCAGUAGCGCUCAAUACUUUUCAUGUAUGUAUACACAGCAGUAUUGGGAAGGAAUGUGUUAUUUUAAGACAAUAUAGGAAGAGCUUAACCUAACUAUUUAUUUUAUAUUAAUCCGGAUUCCCAACACCACAUAUUAAUCACCCAAUCAAUAUUUUAAUGUCUCAUGGCAACAAUUUUUUAAUGGUCAUAAUUUAUUUAAGUAAAUUAUAUUUCCUUAAUUGUAUUAACUUAUAUUUCAUUGUUUAUUCUCUAUAUAAUUACAUAUUAUAUAUGAUUAUUAUAUAUAUUAUUCUGGUUAUUCUUGUAAAUUGUUAUCUAUUGAUUAAGCUCAUUAACAUUAAAAUUGUUACUUUAUUCAUAAAUGUACUUGAAAUUAGACAAUUUGUCUGUAAAUAAAUAUAUUGACUACACAAUAAAUGGGUUUCAGUGAUAUAAAAAUAAUUAGAGGAAAGGGGUAAAAUUAAUUGAUAAUGGGUUUUAUUGUGAACUUGUACAUUAUCAUGCCAAUGAAUUAUAAAAUUAUAUGAGGUCUGUUUCAAAAGUAUAAAACUUUCAUCUGUUGUUGUGCACUAGUCUUAUUUAUCGGCACACUCUCACUGGUGCUUGCAUACCCUCUUAGAUCAUAUACAAUGGAUGGAGUCCCAGAUCACAGCAUAUUUAUCACAAUGCCUUAAUAUGAUGUGAUAAAUAUUGAAUAACUGAUGAGAUAUGUGAUAGUAAUAAUAUACAAUUUAAUUCAUUAAAACUUGAAUUUAUUGAAAUGGUAAACUGAAAUCUUUAUAAAGUACCUAUAAUACAUUAUAGAGAAGAUCAAAUAUUUAUGUCGAUAAUUUAUCGGAAAAAUAUCCGAUUAGUCUAUUAGACUAUGUACACUAAAGGCUGCUUACCUGUGUAGCCCAACAUAAGGAUUUAGACUUAGAGAAAAAACAUUAAAAUGAAGUUUAAAUAGAGUUGAAAUAAAGUUUUAACAAAUAAUUAAUAUUUACACACAAAAAUAUUAAAAGUUCAUUAAUAAAUCUACUACAAAAAUAUUCUAUCGCCUAUUAAUUUGAACAACAAAAAUAUACUAGUACAAUAAUUAAAUUCACAAAUAAAUACAAGUCUAAAUAACAAAUAAUAGAGUGAUGCAAAAUUGCUGUGCAAAAUCGUGGUGGAUUCAUCUGAUUUGACGGUGUUCAGGUGACUUUAUGCAUGCUCAGGAUGUGCCCCAGCAACUCGUUACCCCUAGUUGCUCUGUACGGUUAUCUAUACCCUGUGUGUGUAUGAACAUAAGCUUUUGUUAAUGACCCAAUUUUUACAAUUAUAAUCUAUAUAUUAUAUUUGGGUAAAUAUUUUUACUUAUAAAGUUAUUUUACAAGUUGCACACUUAAUCUGCUCUGGGUACUCUUACUUUUAUUAUCCUUUCGGAAUUUGUUUCAGUUCCCUAUGUAGUACUGGCCUUUCUACUAUGGGCUCAUCCGUUUAUACAUAUAUCAUAAGCGUAACAUCUGUAUAUCAUUAAUAUUAUAUAUAAUUUUAAGGCUGUGGCUCUACCCAUUGUAUAUGAUCAAAGCAUUGGAAGCAAUUAUUAUAGAAGUCAGUUUUUACAAUACACCUCAGUGCACUGGAUACAUUUGUUUGAAUAAUCUUUGUGUCAUCACACCAUCACGAUGUCCUUUGAGCAGAAUUCUUAAUCUUGGGAACCACUAAAAGUCAUUAAAAGGAUCACUAUUCAAAAUAUAGGUGAUAAAAUAUAGAUAUUUUUCCCAUCAUCCCAUCAUUUUACCUUUUUUUUUUUUUGUAAUCUGUACCUUGUUAUUUAUUUGUUUACAAAUUCACUGUAUGUCAGUGCUGUUUUUUAUUAAAUUCUACCAAUGAAAACUAAAUACAAAUAUAUAUAACAGUGGUUUUCAAACUUUUUGACCCCGACACACUUUGCUUUUCACAACAUUUUCACAGUAUACUGUAACCUUUUCUUUGUCAUUGUUUAAUUUUCCCACAAAAUUAGAACUAAUAAUAAAAUUGAUAAGUCAUACUCAAAUGAAUCAUUAUCAAAAGAGUUAAAACUUAAUACUUAACAAGCUGAUCACCAUAACUGGUGGUCUAUUACAAUUUAAGGAAAACAAAUUUCAAAAGACACAUUUAAGGUAAUGCUCACUCAGAUAGAAUAUAUUAUAAAAUUUGGAUCAAUUGUAAUUAAAAUUAAUUAAUUACAUAAUAUAUUUAUUAAACAAUAUAUUUCAGGAGCUUUAGAAAUUGAUGAUGUCCACAAAGGUGAUAAUGGUGCCUAUCGAUGUAAUGUUACUGGAUUGGAUAGGCAUAGAUUAAGUGAUCCAGGAGUUUUGACAAUAGAUGAAAAUGAAGGUUGUUAUUUUUUUACACUAUAGCAUACAUUUAUAAAAGUAGAAUGAGUUAAAUUAAAUUAAAAUUUAUUGUUAAUUUAAUUUAAAAUUAUUUAGAAAAUAUUAAACGAUUGAAAGCUCCAGAAUUUGUUGCCAAACCUCAUUCAUCUGUAGCUCUGGAAGGAGCAGUUGUCACUCUAGAUUGUGCGGCUGUUGGGAAUCCACGACCUCAGAUUUCUUGGUUAAAAGAUGGAACAUUAAUAGAUGUAGCGUAAGUAUUAUCUAAUCAUAUAAUGUAUAUACAUAUAUAAUAAUAAUAAUAACCAUCUUUACUAACAAAAAUUACUUUCCAAUUAUAUUUUCAGCAAUAGUAAAUAAUAUUUACAGUUUUUGUGUCUUAAUUAAUUAUUAAGAAUAUAAUAUAUAAUACAAUUUGCAACUGUUUAUAUAAUUUAUGUAUAAAUAAUAUUCAUGUGAAGAUUGAUGUAUAAUUUUUUUGUAAAUGUGAUUGUAUGAGUGUAUAUAAAUGUUUAUUUAAAUAUUUUAUGAAAUAAGUUUAAAACAAAAUCUGCUUGUUUAAUAUUGAUACAUUGUUUUAUCAUCAAAGGCAUUGUAUGAAGAGUUUAAUUCUUAACCAAUUUUUACAUUAUUUGGAUAGAAUUUUGUUUCCUCUUGGGUAUUAAAGCUAACUUUAAAGUUAAUUUUUUCUAAUAAUUCUGGGCAGUUAAUUAGGUUGUAUAAUAAUUUGAAUACAAAUUCUAAUUUAUCCUUUGGAAAUACUUUUUCUAAUGUGGAUAUUUUGAAAAAUUCUUACAUCGGAGGUGAUAUUUACUCAAUUAAAAAUUACAUUUUUAUAUUUAACAAAUUGUUAACUGAGUAUUUCAGAAAUUGUGCUGUUGGUUGAUGAGUAUUUUUUUGCAAUGGUAUUAUUUACAAGUUUUGGGAAUAUUUUUGAGGUAGAUCAUAGUUAAUUAUUUCAUUUCUAUUUUCUUUUUUUAAAAAUUAAAGAUAUUUGUGAUAAUUUUCAAUCAUCUGAAUAAAAACUGGUACUUAGUAACAGUGUUGUUAAAAAAAUCUUUUACUGGAACUGAUUCAUUUUUAGAUUAACCAUUUGAGGAAUUGAUUUGAUUUAAUUAUAUUUUAAAGGAAUAGGACCAUGAAUUUGGUUUUUAUUUUUAGGAAUUGGUUCAUAAAUAUUGUAAUAUCUUGUUUUUUUUGGAAAUAUGUUUAAACAUAUCUGGGGAAAAAAAUGUUGUUAAUAAAUAACUUUAUAAAAUUUCAAUUGAAUAAACGACAUGUUAAUUUGACAUUCAAAAAUUGAUCUAUUUUAAUUAGUGAACACAAAUGGAGAGGUAGAAGAUGAUUUAGAUGUAAUUGCAAAACAUGAUGUAGAUGAAAUUAUUCAAUUUUUAGAGUUAGAGUUAGAGUUUCUGCAGUGAGAAAAAAAUGUUUAUGGUUACUUACUACUAACACUGUAUGCACUGCAGAUUAAAUUGCUGCAUUAAAAAAAAAUAUUGUGAAGAACUAAUAAAUUACAUUAAAAAAAUUAGUUUAGGAUGUGUAAUAAAAUAAUUAUAAAGUUUCUAGAUUCGCCUUUUUUUUUUAUUAAGAAAAUUAACAAUCUAUGCUACAUGCACAAAAAGAGAUUUCACAGUGUCAAACUAUGGAGGUGACUUUUGUGGGGUACAAAGCCAAAUUUGUUGCUAUUUAAACCACUCUCCUAUCAUUAAAUCCGAAAAAAUCAGAAGGGAGGGUACUUUUAAUAUGAAAUGCCCCUAAAAGCCCUAUAUAUAAUAGUGAAGAUUACAUUAACUUAUGUUGAAAAACAAGCAAGAUAGAUUUCAAAGGAAAAAAAAAACAUCCACCUGCUGGUGUUGGACAUAAUAUUUUUAUUAUUCACAUUCACAUAUAAUUAUAUAUAUUUAUGUUAAUAAAUUAUUGAUAGAAAAUAACAAUAUGAUUAUGAAGAGAAUUACAAUUUUAAUUAGAAUACUUAAAUUAAUUAUUUAUUACUUCUUAUAGAUAUCUGGAUAGUCGGUUUAGCAUAGUUGGUACUGGUGGCUUACAAAUAACACAAGUGAAUAAAAAUGAUGAUGGUAAUUAUGUUUGUCGAGCAGAAAAUCAUGAAGAUUCUGUAGAUGCUUCUGCUACAUUAGAGGUUCACAGUAAGUAUAUUUUUUUUUAAAGAUUUUGCUAAAAUGAUUGAAACUAACUGCAUCACAACGUAUUGUAGGCAAAAUUAACUCCGUUUCAUACAUACAAUAGAUUGUAAAAUUUCAGUAGUAAUAUGCUGUUAACCACUGAAUAAUAUAAAAUGUUACUAUUUGAAAGUUAAAUAAAAAAAAGCACAAACAAAAUUUGGUACAUCAAAUUUGUUACUGUAUGUUAGGCCACUAAUCAAUCUUUGAAUUUUGGGUUCCAUAUUUUGUUUCAUACUACCUUUCUUUUUGGAAUUUCAGAUAUGAGAAAAUCCAUUUUUUAUGUACACAAAAUACAAAUUUUAUAAAAAUUUAAUUAUAUUAUAAAUAAAAAUAAAUAUUAAAAAAUAGAGCAUGUUCUACAUUAAAAAUAGAGGACAUUUCCUUACUUAGCAACAGUUUAUUUUAUUUGAGUGAUUCAGUUAGAGCAUAGUCUUAGAUAUAACAAAAUUAUCUUUUGCAAAUCUUAUUUUAUCACUGUUAUUGUUAGUUAGGACAAUAUUAUCUUAGUAUUGAAUAUAUAAAUUUAUUUUUUAUUUAUCAUUACAGUUAUACCACAAUUCAUUAGAAAACCUAAAGAUACAAUGGUUCUUGAAAAAGAAGAUAUAACAUUGGAAUGUGAUGUGAUUGGUAAACCUUCUCCACGAGUUACUUGGUUAAAAAAUGGAGAUAGAAUUAAGCAAGAUGAAUACUUACAAUUUGUUAAUGGGUGAGUAUUUAUUUAUAUUUAUGUAUUGUAACACAAGUAUAUUAGUUUAGUUUGGUUUAAAAUAGUUCCAUCAGUGUUCAUUAAUUAUUUUCGGUAUAAAAUUAAAAAUAAAUAAUAAUUAUAAUUAUUAUUUUUUUUUCAGGAACAAUUUAAAAAUAUUAGGUUUAAUGACUAUGGAUUCUGGAAUGUUCCAGUGUUUGGCAUCUAACCCUGCUGGAAAUAUUCAGUCUUCAGCAUUUUUAAAUGUUUUUCAUGCAGGUAAAUAAACAGUUAUUUUCUUUUUAUUUAAAAUAAAAUGAUGAUUUAAAGGGUGCAAUUUUGUAGUUUAAUAUUUGUUUUGUGUUUGUAGUGUAAUUCACUUGCAUCAGUAAGAAAUGUAUGUUUUAUUAAACAAUUUACAUUAGUUUUUUGAUACCUAAUAAAUUGUUUUAUUAUUCAUUUUAUAAUUAUAUUUAGUAUACUACUAAUAUCUCAUGUUCAUACUACUUUUAAGUAAUUAAAUUAAAUAUCAUUAACUACAUUUAAUUUUGAUAGCAUAGUACACAGAUUUUAUAAGUGCAGUCAUAACAUUUGUGUUACACUUUCUUUAAAAAAUUAUGAGAAAUUAGGAAUAAAAAUUAUUGUUCUAUAGAGUAGAACAAUGACUUGUAUUUAAACGUCCAUUUUUUUAAAUUCAUUGCAAAGAACAAAAUUGACCAACUUGAUUGCCCUUCCUCUUUUCAUUACAAUUUAUUGUAUUAAAAGUUAAAAAAAAAAAACUAACAUAAUAAAUGUGCUGGCAAUAUUUAAUUAAAAUAGCUAUACUACAGAUUAAAAACAGUGUAUAAAAAUCACUUAAAACAUAAAUAUUAUGUAACCAUAUUACCACAAUAAUUAUCAAAUACAAAUGUCAUAAAAUCACAUGCAACAUUUGACAAUUACUGAUCUUAGAUAAAAAAACAUUGACCUCUAACAAUUUGAAUAUGUACUCUAAACUAUAACAUUUGUUCACAAUGUGCAAAGUGAUAUUGGCAACAAACUUAUGUAUAUAUCUAACUCAUUUUACCAAAAUUUGUUACUUACAACAUCUGUGUGCUAUGUCAUCAAACUUUAUUAUUCAGUUAAAUAAAUUAAACAAAAUGAAAAUAGUGUAAGUUGUAUGAUUUAAAAAUGAUAGCGUCCUGCACUUUAAAAUGUUUUUUUUUUGUAUACUUAAUAGUGUUAAGUAGUUUGAUAUUUUUAUUUCAAUUUUUUAGAAUCCAAAGGUAUGAUUGAAUUAUAUUAUUGCUUUAUUCAUGUAUGGAUGUUUUAUUUUUAAAUACAAUUUAAUUCUUCACAAUGGAUGGAUGGGCCACUGUUGUAGAUGAGAAGUUGGGAAAGUAAGAUAUAGAGGGGAAUUUAAUAUAUAUAUCUUACUGGAUUCUGAGUGGAAUUGAGUUACACAUAUUAAAAAACAUAUUAUUUAAGAAUGAUUUUAGUAUAUUGUUUGUCUCUAAACUUAUAUUUAUUUCUCAUAUCCUAUUAGUUAAGAAAAAAGCUCUUUCUAUAUUUGGUAUGGUCAACUGCUCUGAAUUCCUUUUAACCCUUUACAUUUAAACAAUGAAACAUCUCUUUCAUUCAAUCUCAACGAGAGUAUAUAACUAUAAUCUGGGUUAUUGAUGGUAUAGGACACAGUAUUGAUAUUAAAAUAAUUCAAAACAAAAUUCUCCAAUUUAUUUGCUUCAAAUGUAAUAUACCAAUAUAACAAUAUUUAAAAUUUUCUAAAUUUGUAAUCCUUAAAAGUAGAAGAUACUAUAAAACUACUAUGUUUCUUUUCUUAAUAAAUAAAUUAAUAACAAUAUUGAAGACUCUUUCAUACUUAGUAUUAUCAACUUUAUAUUCAAUCCUCAUAAUACUCAUAACAGAAAUCUAUUUUAUAUUCUUCAACAAAAUAAAAAUUAUUUAUCUUGCUCACAUUUAAAUAUUUUAAUAUCAACUGGUAAUAACCUUACCAAUGAAAUUAUUUGUUUAAUAUUUUUGUUUUUUUUUUUCUUUUAUGUUAUAACACAUAUAAAACAUAUAAAUUGUUAUGUAUCACAAUUGUAAGUUUAUGUACCUGCUACUCAUAUUACUAUUGUAAUUUUAUUGUAAUUGGAUAUUUAAUAUUUAAUAAAUAAAUAUUAUUAAAAUUCUUUUAAAACUCAAAUUUUACAUUACAUUACAUACAUUUUUUUUUUACCACCAAGUAAAAGGUUCAUUAUAAGUCCUAACUUAUAAUGAACCUCCUAUAAAAUUGUCUAGUAUUUCUUUUUGGUCAAAUCAUUUUAUCCACAAAACAUCUACCAAAUAAAAAUAUGUAAAAACUUGCAAAAUUGAAAUGUUUAUAAACAGCCUCAAAAAUGGCUCUCUUAUAAUUUUAAAAAAAUGUGUAGAUAAGGCAAAUAUAAGUUUUUGUCAAAAUUUCACUACAAAUAUUUUUGAUUGAAUCAACAAAAACCAAAAAUAAUAUAUUUUAUACAUUUUCCCUGUUUUUUUGUGGUUUUUCUAAAUUAUUAUUUAAUGCAUUCCUUACUUCUCUCAGAAUCUAAAAUCUAAGUGUGAUACUAGUUAUGAAUCUACUAAUAUUAUGCAAAAUGAUAAUAGAUUUUACACUCAAGGAUUUAAUGGAUAUUAAACUGGCAAGAGAUUUUUGGUGUUUUUAUUAUAUUUCGAAACAUCAAGAUAUCUAACAGAAUAUGUUGACAAUUGUAUCAUAAUAUUAUGAUAAUAUAAUAAUAUAGAUAUUCAGUGAAAAUGUCAUAAAUUAAGAUUACUUUAUCAAUCAAUUAAAAAAAAACAAAAUUCCCCUUGUCUGAAGUUUUUUUAAUUGUUUUCCAUUGUGAAGAAAAGUACAAGAAAAAAAAGAAUGACUUCUUUAAUGAACUAACUAAACAAAUUUUGGAACCAAAAACUAUCCCUGUUAUUAAAAAUUGGAGCAAGAGUCUUCUGAUUAAAAAUGUAUUUAUAGACAAAAAAUAAAAAGUACACAUUAUAAAAUAAAAAUAUUCCUUUGUUCAUUCAAAAUCUAAAAAGUCAAUAAAUAAUAGUAAUAUAAUUUUAAUUGUUAAAAUAACAAUUUUUUCAGCUUGGUUUUAUUUUGUUUUUGUAGUAAUUCAUUUAUUUUUGUUUGCGUUUGUUAUGUUUUGCUUUUAUAAACAGACACUUUACCUAGUUCAAACAGUUCUACAAAUAUUAGUACUGAUAUCAUCAACUCAUUCCCUGUAGCUGAAAAACCCAAGGAUUUAAAAAAUAAUUUACCAUCACCACCAAGAGCAUUAGAAGCAAGAUCUGUCUUAUCUAGGAUGGCCACUUUAACUUGGAAUACUCCAGUGAAACCAAAUGGUGAAAUUCAAACCUACACAAUAUUUUAUCAACAAGAAGGAUCUGACAGGUUGGUUUCCUUGUUUAGUUUUUGAGAUCUUAUUUUAUUAUUAUUAAAUGUGUAUUGUUAUAUAUUUUAGAGAACGUAUGACAAAUACAUCACAAACUGAUAUUACUAUUACUGGGCUGAUACCAGAUAAACACUAUCUUUUUAGAGUAGUAGCAGUAAAUGUAUAUGGUAUUGGUGAAAGUUCACCUCGUUUAAAAGUUAUGACUAAAGCUGAAAUUAAUUUACCUGGACCACCAUUGAAUGUAACUACUAAAGCAACUUCACCUUCAUCAAUACUUGUUUCUUGGUCUAGACCAGAUCAGGGAAGUGAGAAUAUUAAAGAAUACAAGUUAUUUUUUAUGAAGGUAAUAUAAUACAAAUUAAUUUUGUUAUUAUUUAACUAUGUCUAAAUAACUAUAAUUUUACCAGGAUUCAACAACUGAAGAACAAUUUGUUGUAACUAAACAUACAGAGCAUGAGAUCAGAAAUUUGAAUUCGUAUACUAAGUAUAAAAUUUGGGUAGUUGCAUAUAAUCAAAAUGGCCCUGGGAUGAACUCAUUAGAAGUAAUUUCACUAACUAAGCCUUCAGUUCCAACUCAACCUCCACAGAAUAUUGCUGUUGAAGCUGCUUCUUCCACAGUAAACUAUUGAAAUAUUAUCAAUAAAAUCAAAAUUUAGCUAAAAUUAUUAAAUUUAUUUAGGAAAUUUGUAUCAGAUGGGAGCAACCACCAAUAUCUAGUCAAAAUGGUGUUAUAACUGGUUAUAAAAUACGGUAUAGAAAACAGGAUAAAAAAUCAUCUGGUGAAACUAUAACUACAGCUGGUGGUCACACAGAAUAUCAAAUAUCUGGUUUAGAUAAAAGUUCUGUAAGUAAAAUUUAAUUAGUUUGAUGGUUUUAAAGAUCUUAUUUGAUAUUUUUUAUUUUGUACUCUUGUUCAUAAAAAUAUAACACUUUAAAUACUUAGAUAUGGACAUUUAAUAUUUGAAAUUAAUCUUUAUUAAAUUUUACAAUCAGUUGUUUUUAGUAAUCAUAAUAAGGUUAUAAAAAAUAAAAAUGGCUGAUACACACAUCUUUAAAUUAGAUUUUUAUUUUACUGCAUUGAUUUUAAUUUAAUAUAAUUAAAAUAAAAUUACAUUUAUCAAAAUGGACACAAAAGUUAUUAUUUCAAACAAUCAAUAACUUUGUGGGUGUUAAAUUAUAGCUUCUUAAUGUUUAUAUAUUUUGUAUAUUAAAUAUUUUAUAUACAUUUUAAAUGAUUAUGAUUAAUAUGUUAAUAUUUAUUUAGCUAAAAAAAAUAGAAAUACAUCUUAACAUUAAUAGUUUAAAUGGUUAUUGUUAAAUAAAAUAUAAAUUAAACAUGUAUGAAAAUUAAUAAGAAUUUAAAUUUAACAAUCAGACUUCUAGCUUUUUUUUUUUUUUUAAUUAAAAUUAUAUUUUAUUUAAUGAGAGUUACAAUUUUUAAAUAAUUUAUCCAUCUUUUUUUAGCUGGAGCUUGUGGUGAAGGCAGAGAGUUAAAAUAAUUACAUAAUUAUAUCAUAUUAAAAAAAAGAGAGAACUUUAAAUUAAUUAUAUAUAAGAAAAAAAAAAUGUGUAUACAAUUUUAUAGAAUAGAAAAAAAGAUUUGUGUUAUUACAUAGAUUACAUUAGGUUUACUAAUUAUAUAUUCUUCAUAGUUAUUAGACACAGGUUGAAAAUAACCAUUCAAGUAUAUUUUUAUUAACAUUUAAAAUAUUCUUUAAAUAAAUGUUCGUUUUUAAAUUUAAAGAAGUUAUAAUAAGUUGAUGCAAGAUAGUACAUUAUAAACAUUUUGUAUAAAAAGAUUUCAUAAAAUAAAAAACUAAAUAAAUUUCUUUUAUUGCCAUUUUAUAUACCCAGUCAUUUAAAUUUUUUAUCAACUCUUACAGCCAUUUUCUUAAAUAGUAAUUUAAAUGGUAGAAAAUUAAAUAUUUUAAAAUUGUUAACUUUAGAGCUAUCUAACCUACCUUUUCUCAGACAUAUAUGUACAAUAUGCUUUUUCUGAUUUACUAAAGGAUAUAUAGUAUUUUCUCAUUUAGGUCUCCCCAGAUUAGCAAAUCAUAUUGAAAUAUAACUAAUGUAUUAACAUGUAGAUUCCAAUGCAAGUUUUUAUAAGUUUUUAAAUUAAAUCUAGAUAACUAAUACUGGAAACUCAUGAUAUAUUUUGACACUGAGUAACCUUACUGGUAUAUUGUUUUCAUAAAAAUAAAGAGAUAUAAAUAUAAAUAAAUAAAAAUAUAAAAUCAUCUAAAUGCUUAUUAAAUUGUAAAAUCAUAAAAUUCAUGAACAUAAUUUUAUUUUAUAGUUGUUAACUUCUUAUGUUUUAAAUGUUUAAUAACUUUUUGUCUCAAUAGUUGCUUUUUUCUAAUAUUAGCCCAUAAUCAAAGAAUUAUCUAAGAAAAUUAAAUAUGUGUUAUCUGCAUAGAUUGUAAUUGUUCAUCAAUAUCAAGGUUACAUUAACUAUCAAUGUACAGAAUGAUUAAAAGUGGACCUAAAACACUACCCUGUGGUACUCCACAAUUUAAUUAAUACAAGGAACACAUUUAUUUUGAAUACUUGGUUCAAUUUGUCAAAUAAUUAUUAAACUGAAUGCCAAAAUAUAAUAUUCAUUUAUUUUGCAUGAUUCACAGUAUCAAAAGCCUUUACUAGAUCUAAAAAAAUUACUAAAAGUUUUUUUCCUUCAUCACUGACUUUGUUAAUACAUUUAGUAGUACUAUAUAAUAAGUCUUCAGUUCCCAAACCUGGUUUAAAACCAAACUGAUUAUAGGAUAGUAAUUUUUUUUCCAAGUAAUUGAAAAGUUGCCCAGUAUAGGUCUAUAAUUAUUUACAUAUAAUUUAUCUUUUAAAAAAUGGUUUAAUAACUGCUAAUUUCCAUACAUUAGGAAAGGUAUGGUUUUAAACUUAAAUUCAUAAUUUAAGUUAAGAGAUCUAUUAUAUAUCCUAAAACAUGUUAAAAAUGUUUAGCUGUACAUUUUCCUGUAACUUUAUUAUCAUUUUAAAAACUUUGAGAUUUUUCAAUGUAAGCAUUGAAGCAAUUUUUAAAUACAUUUGGAGUGAGUACUUCUUGUUUGUGAUUAUUUGAAUCAAUAACUUGGGAAAGAUUUCGACCUAUAUUAAUAAAAAAAUCAUUAAACAUGUUUGACACUAUGAGAAUUAUUAUUAGUUUGUAUGAUAUUAGUAUUAAUUUUAAUUGCUUUAAUUUUAUCCUUUAUGGAAUUUUUAUUUCUGUCUAACAUUUCAAUAAUUACCUUCCACAUUAAUUUUAGACUGUGGAAGACAUCUACAAAUUAAUUUUUAUAAUAUUCAAUUUAAGACUUUCUCAGGAUUCUCCUAAAGUUAUUUUUGUAUUUAUUAUAGUAAGGAUUAUUUUAAAAUUAUAAGGGCAACAGUAAUAUUGUUUCUUUUAUCAGUAAAUAAGCCAACAAAGACAUUUACAUCAUCAAUAUUAUAGAAUUCCUGCUAAGAUUUUUUUUUUGAAUAAUUCCUUUAGUUUAAUAUAGUAAACAUUUCAAUAUUAUGUACAUAAUGAAAAAAUGGUCAGUUAUACAUGUUUGAAUUACUCCCUGUUUUAUUUUAUUGUUUUGAUUAUUUAUCUCUAAUACAAAUGUUAUCUAAACAUGAGUGUUUCACUGGGGUUCUUGUAAAAACAUUUAUAAAUUACCUAAAAUCAUCUUUGGAAAGCAUAUCUCAAUACUUAUGAUCAGUAUAAUCAACUCCUACAAUGUUCAAAUUUGUGUCCCCAAUAAUCACAAUCAAUCCAUUUUCAUUUAAAAUAAUAUUCUUUAAACUGGUAAAAAAUAUAUUUGUAAAUGUUCUUUUACAUAAACCAUAACUCUUACAUGUUUAUGUCUUUUAAAUUUUGAAUAAUAUAUAUUAUAACCAGGAAUAGCAUUACAACAAUAAACAUCAUGUCAUGUUUCAGUUAAUAUUAGAGCCUUUAAAUUUUUGCAAUAUAGGUACAUUAAUUUCUAGUGACAACAAUAACUCAUCGAAGUGAGCAUUUACACUUAUUGUUUUACAGCUAAUUACAUUAAAAGAUUUAGUGGGAUUACAAUUUUGUAGAAAUUCUGUUAUAUUAUAGAAAUAAUCUAAUAAGUUAUUAAAAAUAUUCAAUAACUCCAUUUAAAACUAAAUUAAAGAACUACAAAAGGUUUAUAUAAAAAAAAAAAAAUAAUAAUAAUAUCACUAAAUAGAGCAAAAAAGAGAGAAGUAAACAACAAAAAAGAAAAAAUAGGUUACUUAAGUAAGUACUUAAGGUUUCUAGGUAUUUUACAAAUCAGAAUAUCAUAAAUAACAAAAGAAUGCAAGCUUCUUCAUUCUUUUAAUAUAAAUUGUAUAGUCUUUAAACCAUAUAAACUUAUAGCCUUUAUCUUUUGCAAACAUUGGUGUUUUAUAAAAUAGUUCAUUAUUAUACUUAGUAAUAUGUAAGAUGUAUUCACCAGGUAUUCAAAAUACUUGUUUCUCCCUAAUUUUCACUGACAGAACUAGCUCUUAUUUUAUUUUUUUAUUUUUUUUAUGAUGAUUCCAUUAUUUUUUUUUUUUUGCUUAUAUUCAAAAUAUGGUUUGUAAUUUAUUUUUAAUUUUAACAAUAACUGUACUAUUUAAAUAUUUAAAUUUUUAGAUUUAUCAGGUUCGUUUAUGGACUUUAAACACUGUUGGGUCUAGUCCACCAUCAGAAUGGUUUACAGUACAAACAUUUGACAAUAACCUAAGAGAAAAUACUAUUCCUAAUGAACCCACGAAUAUUAAAGGUUUGUUUUAAAAUUAUAUUAUUUAUUAUGUUUCUAUAUUUUUAUUUUUAAUAAUUUAAUAUUUUUAAACAGUUCGAGCAUUUGGAAAUUCAUUAUUUGUAACAUGGUCUCCACCAAAAGACAAAUCCAUAAUUGUACGGGAGUAUACACUAGGAUGGGGUAAAGGUAUUCCUGAUGUGUAUGUUGAAAAAUUGAGUGCAAAAACACGGCAAUAUGAAAUCAAAAAUUUAGGUAAUUAAUAAUUAUUAUUUAUUAUACACAUUUUUUAUUUGUUAUAAAACAUUUUUUUUUUUUACAUAUAUUUUUAGAACAAAAUGCAGAUUAUAUACUAACUCUUGCUGCUGUCAAUGAUAUGGGUGUAAGUCCAUUAGUAUAUAAAAUUGCUACUAUAAGAGAGCAAAAUAUUAUGAAUACAUUGGAAACAUCAAAUCCCAUGUUACCACCAGUUGGUUUAAAAACCAACAUUAUUUCUUCCAAUGCAAUUGAAGUUUCAUGGACAGACAAUUCACUUUUAGAUUUAGAAGUAAUACAUUGCAUGAUUUUUUUUUUUUUUGUUUCAGUGAUUAGUUGACAAAUUAUUUAACAAUUUGUAAUUACAGAUGAAUGUGGAAGAUGAACGUCUUUACCUUGUAAGGUACAAUGCUUAUUCUCCUAACAAUAUUAAGUACAAAUAUGUUAAUACCACUGAUCUUUCCUGCAUUAUAAAUGAAUUAAAACCUAACACCCAAUAUGAGUUUACUGUAAAAAUAAUUAAGGUGAAUUUUUAUUCUUCAGUAUAUAACACUAUAAUUAUUCUAGUCUUACAUAUUUUUAAAAAAUAAAUAAAUUAUAGGGUAAAUAUGAGAGUGCAUGGAGCUUAAUUGUGAUGAAUAAUACUAAUGAAGCUAAACCUGCAUCACCACCUAGAGAUUUGACUGCUGUAAAAAGUGAUGACAAGCCUCAAUCAAUCACAUUAAAUUGGCAACCACCAAAAUUUUCAAAUGGACAAAUUAUCGGUGAAUACUUUUUGAAAACUAUUUUCUUAAUGAUUGUUUUUAAUCAAUAUUAUUACAAUCCCUUUAGCAUAUUUAAUUUUGUAUACAACUGAUGAUACUAGUCCAGAUAGUAAUUGGAUAUCUGAAAUAGUUGAUGGAGAACUCAUGUCAUUCACAAUUAAAGGACUGACACCUAAUAUUAAUUAUUUUUUUAAAAUCCAGGCCAAGAAUUCUGCUGGUUAUGGCCCAUUUAGUCCAAAUAUAAGUUUCAAAACCUUACCAGGUAUUAUUAAAUUAUAAUUUAUGAUUGUAUGAUUUAACAAUUUUAUUUUCAAAUCAUUUAAAUUAUGUAUAUAAUUUAAUUACUUAUUAACAUUUAUUUUAGGUGUCCUUUCUAAUGAUGGAACAUCACUUAAAGGUAAAAUCAAUACAGUAAAAUAUAUAUUUAUUUUUGGAUAUUAUAUUGAUUUUAUUUAUUUGAAAAUGUUAUACAGAUGGAAAAAGCGGUAUUAACAACACAACAAUUUUAUAUAUAUUAAUUGCUUGUUGUUUUCUACUUAUAUCAUGCAUUGGUAUUGGAAUUGCUUUAUUAUGUUGUAAACAAAACAAACCUUUAAGAAAUCGAAGUAAAAAAGGGUGAAUAUAUACUUUCAUUUUAAUCAAAAGUAUUAUUUUAUAGAAAUUUAUUGUUUUAUUGAUAAUUUUGAUUUUCAAGUUAUAAUAAAUAACUGAUUUAAUAAAUUUAAUUUUUUUUUUGUAUAAAUUUAAUAAAAUAUAUUUUGAUCAAAGCUGGGCAUUUUUUAUUUUUACUCAUUAAAUUAAGUUAAUAUAAGAAAAAAUAAGUUAGUUAUAAGUUAACCAAUGUAUUUUUUUAUGUCUGGGCAAGAUUUCUUGUAGAAUUUUUGUACAUAGUAUAAAAAAAAACUAAAAAACAUCUUUGUUAAACCAAUACAUUCUCUGCUACACUCAGAAUCUAAAAAGCCUAAACUAAAAAUAAAGAAAUUGUUAUUUUAGUAAACUAACUUUUGUUAUGAACAUUCAAACCAACAUUUUAAUAUAUUUUAUUCAUAUUUUAAUUUUUAUCACAAUUUUAAAAUUAAUUAACUUAAGUUGAAUAUAUUUUUAAACUAUACAUGCACUUAUUUAGUAUUCUUAAUAAUAAGUAUGUUUAUUUUUUGUGAUAGAUACAUCAAAGGAUCGACAGGUAAAAAUGUUAAAGGAGCUCAGUCACCUAGUAUUAAACCACCAGAUUUAUGGAUACACCAUGAUCAAAUGGAAUUGAAAUCAAUGGAAAAAUCUUCACAAGGUUCAUUAGAUACUAGUUCUGUUUGUGGUCAAGGCAGUACAAACACUUAUGAUGGGCCUGACACCCGUGUUACCAUACAUCAUAUUCCACAAUCCACCAAUUCUUUAGAAAAAAGUAACUACGUAUCUUCCUAUGUAGGUAUGUAUUCAUUUGGUUUUAAUUAAAUUGUAAUAUUGUGCUUUAAACCGGUUCACAUGGUCAACAUUGUUUUCAAUUAUUUGGAGUAAAAAUUUGUUUGAAAAAAGGUUCAGACUGUUAAAUAUAUAAUAAAUCCAUUAUGAGAACUACUAUAAUUUAUAACUGGCUAAAUGUAACAGCUAUUUGAACAGCAUUAGUUGAGGGGUAACUAAUUACAAAUAUGAACUGUGUACAUCAUGCACAUGUGCCCCGAGCUAUCAUAUAACUUACCUUAUCAGUUACUAAUUUAAAAAUUCUCAAAAUAUGCUCUCAUAUUUCAAAAAUUUGCAAAAAAAAUAUUAAAAUAUAACUUUUAUUUUUAUUCUUCUCAUUUUAAUUUAUUGAUUUUAAUUGAUUAUUAAUUAUUGGAAUUUUAGUUUAAAUAUUAUAAAUUGUUAUGAGUAUAUGAUUUAUAGGCUAGUCUUGAUGUUUGAUGUAUAUAAAACCUUUUAAAUAAAAAUAAUAAUAAAUAUAUUUAUAUUCUUAGAAGAGAUUAUUGUAUAUUAUGUAUACAAUUAUAUAUUUCACCUUUAUAGUAGUUAUUGUAUUGUAUAAUCCAGUGAUUCUUAACCGAUGUUCCACAGAACACCUAUGUUCAGCAGACUUAGUUUAAGUGUUCCAUCAAAAUUUUAAAAUUAGUGAAAAAAAAUACAUAAAUAAAACUAAGUUUUAAGUUUCAUUGUCUUAACAUUUUGACUUUUAUGUACGUCCAAAACACAAAAGUAUAAAACUUGCAUAACUGUAUGGAGUAUAAAAUAUAUAUAUAUGUUAUUUACGUAUAUACAAGAGGAAGAGUUCAUAACGCUUACAACAGAUCAAACUCUCAAAAUAACAAUAGAAGAAUUUUUGAUUUCCAUUCAAACUGAAUUUAAAACAAUUUCUGAAAGAGCAUUUAAAAUUUUAUUACAAUAUUCAACUAUUUAUUUAUGUGAGCUUGGAUUUUUAAAAUUAAAGAAUAUCAAGACAAAGAAUGGCUACAAAUAUAGAAAAGGAAAUGAGAGUAGCAAUAUUCUACAUAUGAUUGGAUAUUGAAAAUAUCUGUAAAAAUCAUCAGGCUCAAAUAUCUCAUAUAAAAUAUUCCGUUUCAAAUUAUUAAAUUUUUUUAAACUUUCUUUAUUAUUUUUUUAUUUUUUAGUGACUAACAUGUAUGCAAACUAUUUUAUACUAUACAUGCAUUGUUAAAUAUACUAAAAAAUUCAAAAAUGUAUAUAAAUACUGUUUAAUUUUACGGCUGUGUUCCGCGAAAACUGCAUAAAAUGUUAAGCGUUCCAUCAUUCGAAAAAGGUUAAGAACCACUGGUAUAAUCAAUGAUUUCUUCAGAUUUUCAAACUUGAAAAACCUCUUGUUUGGUGCCAGGAUAUUUGUAUACUAAGAAAAGAAGUGUUCUACAUUUGCUGAUGUUAUUGGAGCAAAUUUGAAAUCCUUGGUUUUGUUGAGAACUGUUAGUAAUUUUUUAUUAAUAGCAGUUCCAGCUGUGCUUGUUAAUUGACUAAACUCUCUCCAAACAUUAUGUACAAUUUUAAUAGCUUCAGAUAAGGGAAUAUUAUGGUUUUGUGGUAGUUUAACGUUAUAACUAUAGGAAGACAUGCAAAUUUGAAUGUAUAAAAGCUAAGUUUCUUUUCAUUUGAUUCUUUUAAAACAUUUUUGAGCAUUUUUGAUAGAAAGUGCAUUAUUUUCAUCAAAACAUUUAAUAGUAUAGAAGUUUUCACUAGUAGUGGUAUAUUUGAUGCAUCAAUAUGAAAUUUCUGAAUUUGAGUAAGUCUAUUAUUUUAUUCAUACAAAAUAUGGUUUUGAUUCCUAAAAUUACAUGAAGGCAAAUUCAUGCCAUCAUUGUAAUGAAGCCAGGGCAUUGAAAAAAAAAAAAUAAAUGACAUUAAAUUAUGUUUUCAAUAUAUGUUUAAAUAUGCAUUUUAAAUUCGUUGAAAACUCAUAUAGUUUUAUCAACUGGAAAUGACUGUAUCAUGGGUAAUUUUUGAGGUUGAAGUUUAGUGUAUUGAUUAAAGUUGCUUUAAAAUAAUAGUAUUAUUUGAACCUAGUGUCAAAAAUAGGUGUCACUGUUCAAAAAAAUUUGAUUAUAUUGCUCAUGUGCACAACACUAAACAAGGUUAAUAACUGAAAAUUAUCCUAAAGUGUGUAUUUUUCUACUUUCUAUCACCUGAAUAAAAAAAAUUAAAUCCAGAUUCAUCCGGCCAAAAUAUUUAGUGUUACCUGGAAAUUAAAUUAUAUUGUUCAUAUUAAUUAUAGCUGUAUAAUUUAAAAAAAAAAUGAUUAAAAAAUAUAGUUUAUUUAUUUAUAGCAUAUUAUUUUAAACUAGUUUUGAGAUAGGUAAUUAGAAUUUUGGUUUACUAUUCAUUUUUGGGCUACAGUGUGGCAUUUUAAUAAUGUACCAUUACACUCCUCAGACCCUUUAAAGUGGAAUAUCUGGAUAAUAGAUUUAUGGAAAUAAAAAAUAUUUUAACUAAUACUCCAUCUAUUUAAGACAUUUUCUAUGUAGGUUGCCAUUUGAAAAUUAAAAGUACAAUAACCAUAAUAGUAACACUGAAUUUAUUUGGUUAAUUAUGUUUUCUUUCAUAUUUUAUUGUAAUAAUAUUAUGAUACCAAGAAUGGUUGAAGCAUGAAAUUGUUAAACUUGGAAAAAAUUUUAACAUUUUAGAAAUGAAUAAAAACUUCUAAAUUAUUAUUAAAAUAAUACAAAAAUAUUUUUUAUUAACAUGUAUUUUCAUUCAUUAAUUUGAACAGAAAACUUAUAUUUGCCUUUUCAAGGCAUUGUACAAUUUUCAAAACAUUUGAACUAUUUUAAUUGUAAUUUUGCGAAUUUUAUUAGCAAUUUUUAUUUGGUUGGUACUUUGUGGUCAAAAAAAACAAAUUUGAGUUUACUACAUUUAAUGUAUUAUUUUUUAUUAUAAAGGAAAUUUAAUAUCAAAUUUUGAAAAACAUUUUUCGAAAUAAAAAUUAUGUGAAACAAAUUCAAUCUUUCAAUUUUUUGUUUUGAAAAUAUGUAUAUUGCUCAUUUAAUAACCAUGGUGAAGUAAGAAUUAAGCAGACUGAUAUAAUUUUGAAAUAUAGCUUUUUGAAGUUUUGAUAUUAUGUGGAUAUUAUUAUAUAUUGUUAUGUUAAAAUAACUAUAUAUUGUCUAGCCUGAACAUGUUUGUCAUAGUCAAAUGGUCAUACAUUUCUAUAUUCUGGGGAUCAUGAGUUCAAACCUGGGUUCCCAAAAAAAUGUUCUACAAAAAUGUCCAAUUUAGAAAUUCAUAAAAAUAAAACAAAUUAAUAAAAUUUAAAAUAGUAAAAAUACCAGAAAUACUGUUAAUCAAUACUUAAUAAAUAAACCUAAUACAAUACUAAAUAAACAUUUUGUUUUUUAUACAUUUUUGUAUAUAGAAGAUUAAACUUAUUUAAUAAUAAACAAUUUAAUUUAAAAACCAUACAAAAUAAAUUUAACUUUAAAUAUAGAAUUAAAAAAAAAAAGUUGAAAAGAUAGGAUACAUAGGGUUAUUUUAUGUAUAUCUGUAAGCAAUAAUGAACCAUUGCUUAAUGAAAGACGAUACUGAGCGCUAUUCAGUAAUACAUAAUUUGAUCAUCAUUUUUUUUGCAAUUUAAUUUGAUUUAAUUUGAUUUGAAAAAAUUGCAUCGAAAAUCAAAAAAUUACCUCUUUAAAGUACCAUCUAGUUAAUUUGAGCUUUCAGAAAACUUGAUGCAUGUUAAACUCGAAUCAAGUUCACUAGGAAAAAAUUUGUCUACAAACUAAAAUUGAAAAAUUAGAUUUAUUUAACUCUAAUUUUAAUUUUUGACCACAAAGUAAGACUCUUAAUGAAUCUCUUGUUAAAUUUUUAAUAAUUUUUGUUAAGUCAACAAUUUUAUCGCAGAGUACCUACUGAAUAAAAAUUAUGUAUAAAAUUCGCAAAAUCAAACUGUCAAUAAAUAGCUCUAAAAUGAUUUAAAUUUUUCUUAAAUUUUACCAUGUUUAGAAAAGGUAAAUAUAGUUUUUUCUUUAAAUUUUAAGUUUAUGCAUAUUUUUAACUGACUUACAACAAAUAAACAAAUAACAAAAUUGAAAUAAUACUAAAAGCAUUAUUUUUGUUAAUUUCUUGUUUUUCUUAAGUUUUAUCCUGGUUUUUCCCAGAUAUUAUGAAAACUGCAAAGAAAAUCUAAAAAAGAAUUUCUUUUAAAAAUAGUGCUCCCAUACAUAUCAGAGUAAGAUUUCUUGUAGAAUUUUUUUACAUGGUAUAAAAUAAUAAAUAAACAACUUUGUUAAACCAAUAUAUUCUUUGCUACACUCAGAGUCUAAAAUAUUUUGGCCUUUUUAUCUGUAUGCAAUUUUACUAUGAUAAGCUAUUAGCAUAAAUUAUUAAAAACCUACACAUAAAAUUUCUAAAAGUUAACAAUCUACAUUCAAAAAAAUAAUUUUGGUUUUACACCAGGUUUAAGUACAGAAGCCCGCAUUAUAUAGUAUAACAAAGUUUAUGAGUAAUUCUCUUGACAACUGAAAAAUCUGGCUAUUUUUUAAAUCUAGACCCAAUGAAAGAUUUUGAUACUGUCAAACAUACUGAACCUAAAAUGUUUUACCUUGCUUUGGAAUUAUGAAUACAACUUAAUAUGGCUUACUUGUUAUUUUGAAAAUAUUACGAAAUCAGUCAAUGUUAAUUUCAUACUAGGUGUGGAAAAUAUAAUUGUCUAUUAUGUGCUAUUAUAAUAAUAAUAUUAUAACUAAUAUUAGACAAUCAAAAUAUGGAAGUAUUAAGCAAUGUAAAAUAUUAAUAGUAAAGUAAAAAAUUAUAUUAAUAAAUGAAUAAAUUUCAUUGUAUAUAUGUAAUUCUUCUAAAACUGAAUUAAUGUAAAUGUUAUUUUGGGUAUUUAAUAUCUCUAAGUCUGUAUUCAUAUCAAAAGUGAGAUGCCCUCUUGAUAUAUGUUUUGUUUCCAUUGAAAUUUUCAAAAAUAUAAGAAAAAAUUUGGUUGUGUGAACCCAUUUUUUUUUUAAAACAACCAGCAUAUACAUUUUAAAAAUAUAUAUCAAUUAGUUUUUAUUUUUAUAUGUUAAUUAUAAUUGUAUGGCUUUAAUUAUUUUGUUUUGCAUGUAUGGUUUAUUUAUGAUUAUUUUAUUUAUAUUAAAAGGCAAUACAAUUAUGCAACCUUUAUUGUCAGAUGAAAAAGUUUCCACAUUAAAGCGCUUUAAACCCAAACCUGUAAUUUUGCCUGCUGAUUCAUUUGAUUCUAUUUAUAAUGAUAGUAAGUUUGAAUAUUUUAAUGUUGGACACAUUGUACUAAUUUUAUUAAUUUCUUUAAAUUUAUAUCGAAAAAAAUAAAAAUAUAUAAUGUACAUUUGUUUAGCUAUGGCAACUCUACCUAAUCAAGAAACUCAUUCACCAUAUCCAAAAUCACAAUAUGCAUCUACUUCCAGAGCUCAUGUUACAGUAGAUUUAACAGCAGGUGAGAAAAAAAAUAAUUCAAAUUAUUAUUAUUAUUAUUAUUAUUAUAGAAAUAUGUUAACAAUUUUUAACAUUAUUUUUUUGUGGUUUUUAAUUUCAUUAUUAAAGUUUAAUGGAUCCUGUAGGAAGUUGUUUUCUUUAAAAAUAAUUUGGAAAUUAGAUAGCUCUAUGAGUUAUAAUAGUUUUAGACCAUAUUUUGAACUUAAAACAAGUUGUCAGUACAAAAUUUAAAACUGAUUAAAUGUAUUGUUUAGAACUGUUGUUCUUCUUUGCCAAUAUCCCCAACUAUUUGGGAUCACACUUAAGCUAACUCUUAUUUAUUCAUUCCUUAUCCUAUCUUUUCUUGUUACUCCAUACAUCCACUUAAGCAUUCUUAUUCUUUGUUCUAUGUUUCUGUCUAUCUCCCAACAUUUCGAAACAUACAACUGACAUAGUCAGUUUUCCAAUACAUUUGUAGUAGAACUUAUCUUUAAGUCUUAUUAGAAUUCGCUAGAAUUCACAUAAAACACAUGACUUAUCUCCACUUUAUCCAACCACACUUAAUCCUAUGUUUCAUAUCAUCAUCAAAUCUUCUGUUCUUUUGUACAAAAGUUCCUAGGGACUUAAAACUUAUAACCUUAUCUACUGCAUCACCACUUAUUGUCACUAUUUGUCUUGGUCUAUUCCUCCAAACUCAUAUUCUGUUUUAUUAUUCUUAGUCCCUUUUAUUCAAGUGCUACUUUCCAUUCAUCAAGUCUAUUAUUAAAUUAUUCCAGAUAUUGUCCCAUCAAAGCUAUAUUAUCUGCAAAAACCAUGGUACCUCCUUUCACCUGUUGUUUUGAGCAAACGUAAUGUAGGAUAAUCCACCAGUCUUGUUUCAAUGGCUGUGGAUUUGAUGCAAUCCCAUUUACCAUCUCUUAUGAUAGGUACUGGCAACCAUGGGAGUAUUCUGAUUCCUUAUCAUAGGGAGAUUUUUUAAGAAUUUAAUUAAUAAUAUUUAUAUUUUUCUAUUUCUAAUUGUUAACAAUUUAUACUAAACCACAAGUAGGACAGUUAAUAUGAGAAAUCUCUUGGUUUUACUCUACUUAUAAUUUUUAAUUUCUCUGUUAAUAUAUUUAAAGAAAAUAAAUAAAUGAUAAAUUAUAUUUUAAUCUAAAUUUGGGUUUUAGGAGUUCCUGAAAAUAAUUACAUUGUUCAAGCUACUACAGUUCCAGAUAAAUUUGAAUCCAUACCAGUAUCCGCUACUAAUCUUCAGCAACACACGUAAUUGUUUAAUUUUUUUACUUAAUGAAAUUGGUGAUGAUUUAAUUUCCACAUAUAAUGAUAACUAAUUUUCACUAAUCUAUUGCUUGAUAAUAUUUAAAGCAGAUUUAAAGCAAAGACAAAACUGUGAGAAUUACAUUAGUCAGAUUUCAAUUUUUAAAACAUGCUACAAUUUUUUAGUUGCCAUCCUAGGCAUUGUAUUUAUUUUUGAAAUUUUAAUUCUCUAUUAAGUAAAUUGUUAUGUACAUUUUAAAUUUAUUUAAUAAAAUAAUUAUAUUUGUAUUUCCAGUAUAUGCUAGUUGAGAAUCUAAAAAAUCGUCAUCUAUUUUCAACAUUAAAAUCUUCCAAAUACAGUUCCUACAGUUUUGUUUGUCUUUUAGGUCUAAAUGGACCGAAAUAUACAGUAUUAUUGUUGUAUUAUUUUAUUUCAGUUAAUAUUUCAGUUUGAUAGUUUCUGUUACAUUAAAGUGCAGUAUUCUUUUAUGUCAAGUAAGAUUCAAUGUUAAAUUACUGACUCUUCUAAAACGUCACAUUUUAACUACCAUUUAUACCACCCUUUAUUAUCUGUGAAUAUACACCAACUUAAAUUACAAAAUGUUGCAUUUGUUGUCAUAUUUUUAAAAACUGGAAUAAAAUUAUUACCAACAAAUCAACCCUAAGAAAAACAUAUGUCCAAAAAUGCUAUGAAGAUUAUUAAAAAACUUAAAAACAAUGUAGAGAAUAACAAAAUAUGGACAUCUACUGUCUAUUGACAGAUAAAUAAUAAUGUUACAUUGCAAAUGUUGUCAUAAGUACAUCAUAAUUUGAUAAUUAAGGGAAAUAGUAUGAUUUUUAAACAACAUAUUAUUUUAAUUAAGUGAUGCCACACCAUUUAAUUAUUUUAUUCAAACAUUUUCGUGUCACAUGUAUCAUAUGAACUGUAUAGGGUUGCUGAAGAAAUCAGGAAAUAAUUCCCAUAAGUUUAAAAACUUAUUUUAAUGGCUUCUUCUUCUUUGAGUACACAUUUUUAAAGAAAUUGUGCCUACUAUAUCCAAAUAAAGAAGAAAUUAUACUAAAAAUGAACAAUGACAGUGACAUGUCUCUCACCCUGAAGAUCUGUUAAAAAUAGUUAAUGCCAAAUUUGUUUAAAACAAUAUUUAUGGGUGUUAAGAGUUGGUGAUUUGUCUAUAAUUCGGAAACAGUGCUUAGUGAGCCAGUGAAAAUACACAAUGACAAAAAGAUUGUUUCAAAAAUCCAAAAGUAAGAUCAUGCUCUUUGACUACCAAUGGAUUGUGCACAAAGAAUUUGUUAUGCCCUUUGGAAAUACUGUUAAUGCCAAAUUUUAUAAAAAUGUUUUGGAUCACCUCUGUAAUAAAAUUGUAAUCAUUAGGCCAACUCUGUGAUUGUUGUAAAUGAAAACCAACAAAUUGACAACAUUAUUAUAAUGGCUUUAUUUAAAUUUGUAUAGUUUAUAUUUUCUAUCAGAAAUAUUGUUCUAAUAGACAAACUAUGAAAGAAAUUAUUUGUUGCCUUUUUAAUCUGUGAUAAGAAAUAAAAUAUUUUUACCUAGUUUUUCUUCCUCCAUUUAUUGGGAAAAAUCCUCGGAAAAUCAAAAACUGAUCUUCCUAAAGUACUUCCACAUUCAUAUUUUCUUUAUGAAAAAACAUAUCAUUGUAAAUCUGAGCAAGAUAUUUGUAGAAAAGCUGUCUACAGAAAAAAUAUCUAUCUUUGUAAAACCAGAAUCACUCCACUCAGACUCUUAAAUAUUUUUAUCAUUUUAUACAUUUUUUUUUUUUUCUAUAUUUUUAAAGUUAUUUAUGUAAUCAUUUUUCAAGGUUCUAACUAUUACCAAACCCCUUAAAAUAAUAUAUAAUAUAUUUAUUCCUAAUUAAGUAAUAUAUAAAUUAUAAAUUUAAGGGGAUCCUUAAAUUCAAGUGAAAAAAGACAUCAGGGUCAUCCUUUGAAGAGUUUCAGCGUGCCUGCACCUCCACCACAGUCUGCACCAACUACACCUCAACAAAAGCAUAUCGGUAUGAAUCAUGCAUUUUCAAUAAAAAUUUUUAAUAUUCAUUUUAUUUUUUUAGUUACAGUUAGACCACAAGGAUCAUCUAGUCCCUACAAAAAGAAUAAUUACUCAGCUGUAAAUAACUCACCUUCUAGUGCAUCAAUGGCUACUGGGCCUAAAACAUGGAAGUCACCAUUAACUGGUGUUAAUCAGAGAGAGACUGUUGCUGAAGUAGAAUCUCUUAGUAAAAUACAAGUAAUAAUUUAAUAUUAUCAUCCUUAUUUUAAUUUUAAUAAUUAUAUUAUUGGCACCAUCAUUUCUCAGUUUCAAAGCAAAAUAAUCAAAUUAAAAUGCCAAAAAGUUUAAUGGGUACUAUUGAAAUUCACUAUAAUAAUCAUAAUUUGUUUGGUUUUUUUUUUGAUUUUUGAGUCUGGAAAAAAAAAAUGAAAAAUACAUUUAAUAUUUUUUCAUAUAGCCUUUCAAAUGGCAAACUAUAAUUUUAUUUUUCCAUUUAAUAAUUUAUUUGCAUGUAGAUUUCCUAUGUAGUUGGUUAGAACAUUAAAAAUGUAUUUUUUUUUUUUUUUUAUCAAGAAUUGUACUUACCAAAGUGUAUUAAGUAUAUUAGCAAUGGUUUUACAAAUUGUUUUUCUAUAUUUAUUGAUAUAUUAAUAAGUCAAAGAAAGCAAUUAGUAAAUAAAAUAAUCAAAAAUGUCACUACUGAUGUUUGCUAUUUGGCUAUAGCCAAAAAAACUUUUGUAACAUUUUUUCUUGUAUUUUCGAAUUUUUUCAGACCCCAAAAUCCUAUUUUCUAAUUUUUAUCAAAUACAAUUUGUUUGAAAAUUAAUAAAUAUCAUAAUUUUGUUAUAUAUUAUAAGGUAGAACUCUAAUAACCAUAGUAAAAAUAUGAAUGAGCAAUAUUUUUAAAAUCAAAUGUUAUUUUACCAAUAAUUUAUCAAAUAAUUAUUGAUAAUUCUGGUGCAGCCCUUCAAAAUAUAUUAGCCUAUAUUGAUUACACAUAAAUUGGUUUAUACAAUCACAGUUAUUUAUUAAAAUAGAUUCUUGAUAAUAAUUCCAUAAAUCAAACUGAACAGUUGUUUCUAGAAAUAACCUCUAUACAAUUUUAUAGAUGUCUGUUUGAAAUAACACAUGUAUUUAAAUUCUCUUAAUAUAUCAAAAAUAAUAAAAUAUAAGCUGAUGGGGAUAGUUUACAAUUUAAAUAUGUUUGACCAAAACCUCUAUAAUUUGAAUUUAUAGUCAUUAUAUGAUGUUAUGGAAGAUAAGGCUGAUCUUUUAUGACAGGAUUGCUCUAUGUUGUCUUUUUCUUCUUCAAUGGUUUAAUCUUUUAAUGAAUUUGAUUACUUUUGAUACACACAAUAAUUAAUGUGUAAUAUUAUUUAUGUAGUGUGUACUUGUAAAUAAUUUUUAAAAAUAUUUAAUACAAACUUCCUACAUAAUGAAAUAAAGCAUUCGCAUUAAGUGGUGUUGUUUAAUCUUGUUAACAUACUAUAGGAUCUGAACCAGAUCACUAUGCAUAUUAGGUGGCUGCCUACAUUAAAUGGAAUCUCCUUUAAUUGAUAUUAUAAGUAAUAAAUUGUAAAGUACAUUAAAUAUUAGAUAUGUAAUUUUUCAACUUUCUGUAAUUUAAAUUAUUUCUUUCUUUCUCUUGAUAAUUCAAAUUCUAGCUAAAUCAAAAAUCACUAUAAGUAAAUUUUUCAGCUUAAUUACCCUAAUUUUGCAUUAUUAAAAUUCUACUACAUAAGUCUAGGCAUAUUUUUUUGUCAUUUUUCACACUUUUUUUCCUGGAUAAGCAGACUAGGACACAUUCCUUUCAGACCCCAAAAUACUAAUAACUGAUUGCAAAAAUGAAAGGAAACAGUUGUGUGUAUCAUAGCAGAUAUAAUAUGUAUGUAUCAUUGACUGAUACUGGAUAUAUUAGUAUCAUUGUUUACAGUACAUACAACCAUUAUAGUAUUGGAUAUAUUUUUAAAUAAUUACUAUAAAUAUUAAUCUUAUUCAUUAUCAUUACUCUAUACACAUUUAAUAAUUUUGUGUUACACACAUUUGAUUUUGUAUUACAUAUAAAAAUAGGUCUUAAUACAAAUUAUUCUUAAUUAAUACAUAUAUUUUUUUAUUUAAAUAAUUUGUUUAUAGACUUCCUAUAGUACAGAAGAACUAAAUCAAGAAAUGGCAAACUUGGAAGGUCUAAUGAAAGAUCUCAGUGCAAUUACUGCAUCUGAAUUUCAAUGUUGACAACUUUCAAAUAAAAUUGAAUUUUAAUUAUAACUUUAUUUUUAGUGAGAUAAAUAUAUAAGUAUUUAAUUCAGUAUAUGAAAAAGACUGAUCUCUGAUGUAUAGAGUAAUCAUUUUAGAUCAUCAGAUUACAUGUAUAAAACAAGUUGCAUAAAUAUUCUGUAAUAACUUAGAGUCAGGUUACACUAACACAAUCUUCAGAAUAUUUCGUUUAAUUAACAUCCAAUUUGUCAUAUUUACACCAACUGAUAACAUACACAAUAAAGUGCAUUUUAUUACUGGUUUGUAUUCAAAAAUAGUUGCAUGCUACAGUCAUUCUACUUUCUUGGCUUAAAACAACAUUAUGUGUAGACAGGUUCAUAUAGAAUUAUUUGCACACUUACAGAUCUGUACAUUUUCCCUUAUAGAACCUGUAACUUAGAGGUCUGAUUUUUUUUUUUUUUUACCUAUAACUUGUAACAUAUCAAUAUUAUUAUAUUUCUGACUUGAACAAUUUAAAUACAAAUUAUAAUGUGACCAAUUUUGUGGAAAUAAGCCCCAGUUUUUUCAAUAAUUAUUAAAAUGAAAAUUGUUAAAUAACAAUUUACAAAUUAUUUAUGCAACAUGACUAACAUAUAGAUUUAAUAUAAUUUUACAGAGUGAUAGUGAUCUGUAAUAUAUUUACAAGCUGGUUUUCAUGCAACCUAACCUCAUAGGAUUAAAUAUAUUUUGGUCUUCUUUCCAUUUAUAAAUUAUUAAAUUACAUUAUAUUAUGAAUUUUCCAUUCCUAUUUCUUUUGUGAUAAACGAGAAACUGAUUUUUUCAGUUAAUGUUGCUACAACUUAUGUUCCCAUUUAUGAUUUAGUUUGUCUUAUUUAAAUGAGGACAUACUAAGUAAAAGUGUAUUUUUAUUUAGUAAUCCAUUGCCUAUUGUCAUUCCUUUGUAUUCAUUUAUAACAUUUAUUAUGGAUGUUUUGUAAUAAUUAUAUAAUGUAUAAGUAAUACAAAUUUCAUAGAAUCUUUCUUUCUAUUUAAAAGACAAAAUUUUAAUUUGUUCUUUUAUUUCAAAAUAUUUAAAAUAAUUAUAUUUAUACAAGUUAUAUAUUACAUAUAUUUUGUAAUUGAAAAUUAAUCAAUUAAAUUUUAAAGAAAAUGUUUAAUCAAAAUAACAUUAAAUGUAUUAAUUUUAAUUUUUAGUUAUAAAUGUCAAAAUAAAUAAAAUGAAAAGUUAACAACAAAUAUUAUGAAUAAGGCUGUGAAUUUAAGACACAAACAAAAUGUAAGGUUUAUAUAACUUUUAAAGUUUUAAACAUUAAAUUCUAAAAAAAUUUCUAUGGCGUUUUAAAAACUUAAAUUAAACAGAUACUAACCACCAUUACCUAAAUAACUCAAUUAUACACUACUGAUAUAUCAUUAUUUAACAAAAUUACCGCAAUUGUAACAAAUCAAAUAGUGUACUUGCAUAUUUACUUAUAUACAGUGAACAUUAAAGACUUGUGGGACUUGCAUAAAGUGAGUCUUAUAGGCAAAGUAGAGAAAAGAUAGAAUGUAUUUGAUUAUGUACGGCCCCAUUUCAAGUGAUUUUUAUUCAAAUAAGCAAUUGAACCUUAUAUUAGUGAGUUUUAUGAGCGUCCACUGAAUAUCUUCUGUAAAAUAUUUAGAUUUUUUUCGGGUAUAAAAUAUAUAAGUAUCACAAUGACAUAGAUAUAAUAUAACCUCUGUAAAUUAAAAAAAAUGUAUAGAAUUAGGGUAAAAAGAAAUAGGAAAAAAUUUAAAAAAGCAAAAUAAAAUUUGUGUAGUUGAAUUCUGUGUUAAACAUAAUUUAAUUUUUGUAUUAAAAAAUCUAAUUUUACAAUCAAUUAUAAAAAUGCACUUUUCUACAAAUUCACUGCCUUAUUAUGUUUAAAUUAUGUUCCAAGCCCUAUGGUGUUAAACUAUUUACUUACUAGUUUAUAUUUUAUUAUCUAUUUCAUUUUCAUUAGUGUUUAUUACAAUUUAUGAAUACAAUUCUGUUUUAUUUUAAUAUAGAUUGAAAAUUUUAAAAAGUGUAUACUAGUCAACUGGUGGAGUAAAACUAUGUUUAGCGAUUUUUUUUUUUAUGUGAAAUUUAUGUGAUAUUUUGCUAUCUAAACACAAAAAGGCCAUAAUUUUUAAAAAUAUCACAAAUUAAAUUUAUUAUAACUUGAAAAUAUAAAUAUAUGUAUAUUGUAUAUAUUUGUUUUAUCCCUAAACUUGAAUAAUACAUAUAUUAAUGUUAAUUAACUUUAAGUAACACUUAAAUAAUAAAACUAAAGAAAACUUGAAGUGGUUGUAAUUAUUUUUAUUGAUGUUAAUUAAGUUAAAAUAAGUUUUUUUUUAAAUAUAUUUCUGUCUUAAAUUUAAAUGUUAAACUGCCUUAUUUUUAUAAAUGUAACUUUUAGCAAUAAUGCAUCAAAUUAUUUUCUAUGUGUACUAUGUAUUAUAUUUGUAUAAAUAAAGCUCUAAAUAUUUAAAUAAUUUUGUCUGUACCAUAAAUAUCAUUUAUAAAUAUUUUAUCAGAGAAUACCUUUCUCACGAUAAUUUGGUAAAAUUUGUAGUAUAAAUUAUAUGCCAACAUUAUUUUGUACAAGCCUGUUGAAAUUGUAUGUGGAUAAUUUAGAUUAUAAAAUAUUAAUAUUGAUAUUUUCAAAUUACUAAUGUAACAGUGAUAUUUAAUUUAAAUAUGUGUAAUUUAUUUUUAUAAUUUAUUGUUUAAUUUAUGUAUAUUUUUAUAUUUGUCCAAUUGCUUAAAAUUAACACAAAUUAAUAUUUGGUUUUAUAUUUUACCGAUCUAAAACUUUAUUAUAAAAUAUAUUUUUUUUAUUUUAAUAUUUGUCCAUAAUUGUGUUUAUCUUUGUAUUAAUUGUGUACGCAUUUAUAUUAUAAUACUGUAAUUUAUUUUAUUUUGACUACUUUGCACCAUCAACCAAAUUUAAAUUUGAAAGUGCCUUAAUUAUUUAUCAAAAAUAUAAACCAUGACACUAAUAACAUGGCAUGGGGCAUUUCAUAAAUAUUUAUUUUAUACAGAACAGAUGCUUAAUAUUAGAUGUAAGACUUGAUUUUAUUUUAUUUCAUUUUAUAUGUCUUAGUGUUAAUAAAUAAUCCUAUGUUUUAGAUCUCUUAAUCAAAUGUUGUAUUAUUUUUUUUCUUUUCUUAAGUAGUGCUUAGUUAAUAAAAUAUCAAUGACAACUGUAGCCAAUUUUGUUUAAUCAUAUA